GGGGACUAUAUGGGAUGCUGGGAAUUGAACCUGGGUCAGCUACGUGCAAGGCAAAAGCCCUACCCGCUGUGCUAUUGCUCCAGUCCUUCUCUGGCCUUCUACAGAAGGGCUUCUCUGGGGUGCUGCCUUUGGGGGACACCACCGUGUCCUUCCUGGGCAAAUGGCCGAAUGGUAAUAGACCCCAGUGGAUCCCAAAGCGCAGGGGUCCCCUGGGCCUCCACGGGAAGAGGAAAAUCCCACUCCCAGAUGAAGAGGAAGUCAGAAGGGAGGCCCUUUCAUCGCUUUUCGUGCCUCGUCAACUGGAGCAAGCACUCUCGCGGCACGUUUGUAGAGCUGAGGUGGAAAGCUAGGCGAAGGGGGGCAGACCUCGGAGUUCCGCAUACUGAGACCACAGCAGGCGGAGGCACAAAGUACAGGUAAGUUAAGGUCUGACAACCGGCAGCUGUGGCAAUGACAGCUGAAGCGGAGCGGCGUGGAUACAGAUUAUCUGCUGUACAGGCUCAGAAAAAGGAGGUUUCACAGCUUCACUCAGGUUUUAGGAAACAAGUAGCCGCCCAGUCCUCGCCCGUCCCCGAGGCCGCCGGCGCCCCGGGGGUUCUGUGUGGUCCCCGCAGCUGCCUCGCGCCGGCACACGAACGCGGGCGAGCUCAGGCCCUUUGUCCUACCAACUCCCCCACGGUCCCCGCGACCCCAGCCUGCCCCGAAGCCUCGUGGACACCCUGCUGGCGGGACGAGGCCGGAGGCCACACGGCCGCUGGGACCCGCAAAUCCCCGAGGAUUUUCUGAGAGCGUGGGGCCGCUGAGGGGAGCGGACGCCGCGAGAGCUGGGGACCGAGCUUAAGCUCGCUGAGCGACGGGAGCCGACCCCUUCCGGUUCGGCUGCGGGCCGCCGCCGACUUCUUCCGGGUCGGAGCUCUGGCAGCCGCCUCGCGCCUGCGCCGCGGGGAUCCCUGGGUAACGAGCCCGCCUCCGCCCGCUCAGGGUUCCGGCCGUGGCCGCGGGCGCAACACAGACAGGCAGGCCCCUUAGCCAAUCGCCACACGGCGACGCCGGGUCGUCCGCCAACGGAGCCAAUGGCUCGGGAGGGGCGGGGCGCGCCGGGCGUCAGGCGUCUCGAGGAGCCGCCCUGCCGGGAAGGAGCCGAGAGGGACUCGGCGGCACAAAAUGGCGGCGGCAGCGGCGGCUGGGGCUGCCGGGACGGGCGCUCCGGGCCCCGUGCUCCCCGUGGCGGCGGCCGCGGCUCCGGCCUCGGGCAGCGCAGCGCCGGGCUCGCAGGGGGUGCUCAUCGGGGACCGGCUGUACUCCGGGGUGCUCAUCACCUUGGAGAACUGCCUCCUGCCCGACGACAAGCUGCGCUUCACGCCGUCCAUGUCGAGCGGCCUCGACACCGACACCGAGACCGACCUCCGCGUGGUGGGCUGCGAGCUCAUCCAGGCGGCGGGCAUCCUGCUGCGCCUGCCGCAGGUGGCGAUGGCGACCGGGCAGGUGUUGUUCCAGCGCUUCUUCUACACCAAGUCUUUCGUGAAGCACUCCAUGGAGCACGUGUCGAUGGCCUGCGUUCACCUGGCCUCCAAGAUCGAAGAGGCGCCCAGGCGCAUCCGGGACGUGAUCAACGUCUUUCACCGCCUCCGACACCUGCGAGAGAAAAGGAAACCGGUGCCUCUGCUGCUAGACCAAGAUUAUGUUAACCUAAAGAACCAGAUCAUAAAGGCCGAGAGACGAGUUCUCAAAGAAUUGGGUUUCUGUGUCCACGUGAAGCACCCUCACAAGAUAAUCGUUAUGUACCUUCAGGUGUUAGAGUGUGAGCGUAACCAACACCUGGUCCAGACGUCAUGGAAUUACAUGAACGACAGCCUUCGCACCGACGUCUUUGUGAGGUUCCAGCCUGAGAGCAUUGCCUGUGCCUGCAUCUACCUGGCGGCACGCACCCUGGAGAUCCCUUUGCCCAAUCGUCCCCAUUGGUUUCUUCUGUUUGGAGCAACUGAAGAAGAAAUUCAGGAAAUCUGCUUAAAAAUCCUGCAGCUUUAUACUCGAAAAAAGGUUGAUCUGGCGCUCCUGGAAGGUGAAGUUGAGAAGAGAAAGCAUGCCAUCGAGGAGGCCAAGGCUCAGGCCAAGGGCCUGCUGCCUGCUGGCACGCAGCUUCCAGACCACACGGCGGGCUUCUCCCCUGCCCCCAAGCUGGCGGAAUCACCCAAAGAGGGCAAAGGGAACAAGACAUCCCCGCUUUCGGCGAAGAGUACCAAGAGGAAAGCAGAGGGUGCUAAGAGAGCCAAAGGCGACAGCCCAGUGAAUGGCUUGCCCAAGGGCCGAGGGAGCCGCAGUCGCAGCCGGAGUCGUGAGCAGAGCUAUUCCAGGUCCCCCUCGCGAUCUGCUUCUCCAAAGAGGAGGAAAAGCGAGAGCGGCUCCACAUCUGGCGGAUCCAAGUCACAAAGCCGCUCACGGAGCCGCAGCGACUCCCCGCCAAGGCAGGCACACCGGGGUGCCCCCUACAAGGCCUCCAAAGUGCGGAGCUACCGCAAGGCCAAGGACUGCAAGUGCCCCCCACAGAAGCCCCCCGCCUCUCGGAGCCGCAGCUCCUCACGCUCCAGAAGCCACUCCAGGGAACGGCCUGACCAUCCGGGGAAGUACAAGAAGAAAAGUCAUUACUACAGAGAGCAGCGGCGGGAACGUGAGCGCUCCCGCUCCUAUGAGCGGACGGGCCAUCGCUAUGAGCGGGACCACCCUGGGCACAGCAGGCACCGGAGGUGAGGGCAGAGCGCAAGGGGAAGGCAGCCCUUGGUGCGCACUUCAUCAGGACUGGCCUGCCCCUUCCACCCUUGGUGCACACUUCAUCGGAACUGGCCUGACUUGCGGCCUGCUGUGACUUGUUCUUGCGACGGUGGCUGGCCCUGGAUCUGACCUUGGGAUGAAUCCGGAAAUGGAAUCGAGAGGCUGGGACUAGCUGGAGGCUGUUCUGGGCCCAGGGCCUCCUGAGCAGCCCCACAGCGGACAGACCCAUGGUCCUGGCAGGGGCCUUGGUGCUAGCGACAGGCUGUCUCUCUGCUCCUGAACCCACACUCAAUUACGUUGAACCAAGAAAAUGACUUACCUUUGCCUAUAUUAGGUUGUACUUAUGUACAUAUUUUGCAGUGUUUCACAUGAGAAAAUGGCCUUAAUAGCCCCUUAUUCUCUAUUCACGUUGUAAAUAAACAUGUGUUUAAUACAAGUUAAAGCUAUAUAUGAAAACUCGGAACUUGAAUCUUGUCAGCUUAAAACUUGUGUAGAGAAUUCAGAUUUUUAAAAUGUGAAGGUAUUUAGAUCUGUGUUGAAAGUCGUCUAUUUUUAUCUGUGCGACGCUGAGUGCAGGCCACCAGCUCCUAAAUAGAGAAGUUUCCUAUAUAUGCAUUUUAUGUGGUUAAUAAACAAUCCUCUCUGCUCAGGACAUUUGGAA